GUCGUUUGCAAUCUGAACUAACACAGACCACGAUGAACUCGCUGGUGGUGUUGUUUUCUCUGGUGGCGCUGGCGGCGGCCAAGCCUUCAUCCCUCAUAGGAUCGGAGUUGAUAUCGUACGCUGCGCCCGCCAUCGCAGCUAUCCCUGCAGCGGUCUCUUCCCAAUCCCGCAUCGAUAUCAAGUCAUCACCGGCUUACGUCGCCACCACGGCGAUCGAGCCCAUCGCCCGCACCGUGAUCGCUCAACCCGCUGUGGUCGCCGCUCCUGCCAUCGUUGCUGCCCCAGCUGCCGUGUCGCACCAGUCGCGCAUCGAUGUCAAGUCGUCCCCAGCUGUAGUCAGCAGCUACCUGUCUGCACCCAUCGCUACUGCUGCCAUCGCGCCCACUAUCAUCAAGUCUGCUGCUUUCGCGACUCCCGCCAUCGCCGCGCCAGCGAUCGCUACAUACGCAGCUCCUACUAUUCUGAAGUCAGCCAUCGCGCCCGCUUUGAUCGCCUCCCCCUCGGUGCCCCUGGAUACUCCUGAAGUGCUCGCUGCUCGCGCUGCUCACUUUCAGGCGAAGGCCCUGGAAGGUCACAUCAUCCACAAGCGCUCUGUGGUCGCUGCCCCUGCCCUCACAUAUGCCGCAGCUCCCCUGUUGUCCGCCCCUGUGUUGCGCGCUGCCCCUAUCUCUUACGCCGCCCAACUAAGCAUCCCUUCUCCCAUCUUCACCAAGGCUUACAGCGUACACCCCUGGUGAGCGCCGCCAAGGAAACGAGGAACCAAAUUCCUCGGUUCAGAACUGAC